AUGAGCCUGAUUGCAACCUGUAUCAUCUGUCAGACUAAAUUGCCGUACGAAAGUUCGAAUACGUGGAUACUAGUGCGUCAUUUGCUCGAUAAUCAUCCGCUGGAAAGCAUGCCGCUGGUGCCCAAACAAAAUUCCGAACGCAAACCAAAAUGCUUCGAAACAUCAACACCUCAACGGAUGGAAGAUGGCAAUGCACGGCAAACACCCAUGCCAAGUGUCUCUACUAGACCAAAAACUCGCUCGAAAACUGUGCUAUCGCACAAUAAGAAAACUAUCUACAAAACUACUGUCGCUCAAUGGAAACCGGCACGGUUCCGUGUGAAAUGUAAACAGUGUGGUGGACGCUUCUAUCCCACAAUCCGCAAUGCAACGAGUCGCAUCUCUAACGGCUUUGGAGCCGCCUGUAUACUUUCCUGCUGGCCGUUCUGUUUCCUACCCGCCUUAUUUACCACCCCGACGAAACAUCAUCUACAUUGCUCGAACUGUAAUGCUUACCUAGGUCUUUAUGAUGUGCAGUGA